UGGAUUUCCGAGGUCCUUUCUUUGAUGUCGGAACGCGAUAAGAUAAUUUACAGCGGUAAAAAAGACUGGUCUACCGGCUCUCUAAUGAAACUACUGUCACAGUUCAAAUUUCAGUUUAAAUAUCGCUAAUAUUUUAAAACGUUUGGAACAAGAUGUCAUUGUCAACUUUUCUUUUAAUUUCAAGACGUCAAGUUUUGGCAUUUCUCGUCAUCGGUGUGACCAUUCUUCAAGCAGAUUGCACCAGCCGGAUAAACGGACAAGUGCAGACCAUCAGACGACCACGACGCCAGUCGUCAUCGUGCCACCAGGACGAGUUCCAGUGCGAUGACGGGUCAUGCAUCCCCGCUUAUCUAGCCUGUGAUUGGUAUCUUGACUGUAGCGAUAGGUCAGAUGAAGGGAUUAAUUGCGAAUAUGACGGGUUCGAGUGUAAGUCUGGUGAUAACAUGAUAUCGCUAGAAUGGAUGUGCGACGGAUCCUACGACUGCGACGAUGGGAGCGAUGAAGACCAUCAAUAUUGUGAAAAUCAUGCUUCAGUAACCAAAAUAUGUCCCCGUAUCUCCUGUGACAAUGGCACUAGAUGUGUCCAGGAAGGAGAAAUCUGUGAUGGCACUCAGCAUUGUUCUGAUGGACUGGAUGAAAGUGACGAACUAUGCAGCGCCGGAAAUGGAAAGUGUUUUUCGUGUGAUGGAGGAUCGAAAUGUUUAGAGUGGCCCUGGGUAUGCGAUGAGAUCGCUGACUGCUCCGAUAUGGCCGACGAGUUCAGCGGAUGGUGCGGAACAGUAUUUCAGCGGUGUUGGAAAGGGUCCUACCUGUGUGGACACACCCAUUUCUGUGUCCUUCAGCGAUGGAGAUGCGAUAACCAUGACGACUGCGGUGAUGAUACGGACGAAGAAGAUUGUGAAACUGAAAUCGCAUGGACGGGAUCGUACGGGUGGUCGUCGUGGGGAGAUUGGAGUAAAUGUCAUCCUUCUUGUGGUCUUGGUACUCGAUCACGGAGUCGUGUCUGUGCAUCACCUGGUGAACGAUGUCUUGGUGAAAGCCAGGAAGAGGAGGCGUGUGAACAAGCUCCUUGCGCCAAUGAAAAUGUGAUCGGGUGCGGGAUCAAGAGUCACAUUCAUUUCCGCGAUGACGGCCUAGCUCUGGCGGAGCGUAUCGUAGGCGGAUAUCCAGCCAUUGCUGGAGAUUGGCCAUGGCAAGCCCAGCUGUUCUACCGGACACGCGGAUCAUGGCAACCCGUAUGUGGCGGCACGCUGAUCGACCCGCAGGUUGUGCUCACGGCUGCACAUUGCUUCAUGGGACCCAUGAUGGCAACUUCCAGAUGGCAGGUACACCUCGGAAAACACUCGGUCGACUUCGUCCCCGAGGCCGGCAGUCAACAUCGACUCGUUCGGGAGAUCAUCGUCCAUAAGAAGUUCGGCGAGCACGGUGGCGUGGGUUGUGACAUCGCCCUCCUAAUCCUGGAUGAGCCGGUACCACAAGAGACAGGGCAGAUCAACUGGGCUUGCCUAGAUGAAGGAAUGCCACUCAACGACAGGACAGAGUGUUAUAUAUCGGGAUGGGGAGUUACAGAGAUGGGUGGAAAUGGUCCAGAUGUCUUACACGAAGCAAGGAUGCCUCUAAUACCACGCAAGAUCUGUAACUAUAAGAAGUCUUACAAUGGCAAGAUCGAAAAGACUAUGCUGUGUGCUGGCCACUUGGAAGGCGGUAUAGAUGCAUGCCAGGGAGAUUCUGGAGGACCUCUAUCUUGCCUCGGACCUGACGAUCACUGGUACGUGGUGGGUGUUACUAGCUGGGGUCACGGCUGUGCCAUCGCCAACAAACCCGGUGUAUACACCAAGGUAUCAUCUUAUCUAGACUGGAUAGAUGAGAUGAUCCACCACCAUCUUCAUCAUGAAUAAAUACACGUCUGAAUUCAUGCGUGAAGUG